AUGAAUACAAUACCUGUUUAUUUUAAUGACAUAAAUACAAAUGAAACUGUAAAGAAUGAACAUUUUAUUCGUGCAUUUCACUGUUUUUUGGAAUUGUUUUCAAAGCCUAUUUCCAACAAUGAAAAUAAAUUAUUUUAUAAUACGAAGUAUUUGAGUAAGUUUGAAAGUAAAUCAUCAUUUUUACAAUCAUCAAUAUUAAGUAAUAUAAAUGAUGAUUGUAAAGCACACGAUAAUAAUGAUAUUACUGCUACUUCUUCCACUAAUACUACUACUACUAAUAAUAAUAAUGAAAGGAAUAAUGUCAAUACUAAUAACUACAUAAAUCAUGAAAGUUGUGGUACUUACAACAAUACACACCAAUCAUUAUUUUCAUCAGGACUUCAGAAAACUUUCCGAAACCAUUUCUUCAUCCCACAAUAUGCUUCCUACAUGAAAUGUGAAAAAUUUAAUGACGUAUUAAAAAUUGAAGAAAAUACAAAUGAAAUUCCUUUAGAUUUAAGUAUAUCAUCUAAUCUUCAUAAGUCACUAACACAUUCAAUGAAUACUACUAUACAUACAACACCUCAUAAUAUUAGUAGUAAUAUGAAACUAAGAGAAGAUAAUAAUAAUAAUAAACAAUUGCCAUUUUGUCAACUAAAUUAUGAAUAUUCUCAAAGAAACGAGCAUACUAACGAUAACAGUUCAGUAAACCAUCCACAUUUAUCCUAUGAUCUUGAUAUGAAAAGAAAAAGAUCGUAUAGAAAAAAUACACUUGUGACCACUAAUGAUGAUCAUAUUAGUAAUUCGAACAAUUAUUGGGAGAGAAAGCAAUUUACCAAUGUUGAUACGAAUAAAAAAAUGGCUCAUUUUAUUAAGUCAAAUAAACGAUCUAACAAAUUAGAACAAUCGCCAACUGUCAAAACAGCAUUACCAUCAUCUAUAGCAACAUCCGUGUCAACAGUCAAUCACAUUGAAUGUAGUUCAUCUGGUAAACAACCAGUGACUCGAUGUAAUCAUUGUCAUGUUCUAUUUCCAUCUUUGUAUGAAUUGAAUAAUCAUUUUAUCAAAGAGCAUAAUGUUAUAUUGCAAGCUGAAAUGAAGCAUACAAAAUCGUGGAAAUCACAUACAAUAGAUGACAGUUGUUUACAAGUACGUUUACUAAUUUUAUUAGUAUAA